AAGGAGAGGAUCGCCGAGAAGGAGCUUGCCCGAGGCUGCUCAAGCACCAGGGUAAGUGACACAGCUCACACACAGCUCACACCUCUCUCUUCCCUCAGGCUUGGUGCACCAAGUGUCAGGAGGAGAAAUGUCUGCAGUGCUGCGCGGGAGACGCUCCAGGCAUGCGCCAUCAGCCUCUUCUGGAUCCAACAUGGCACAGCCAGAAACUGUCCCCAAGGAAAAAGCGUGCAUGCUGUGCCACCAGACCCAGGCGGACACCGACAUCUGCGGGGACAAGAGAGUGAAGUUCAAGCUCUGUGUCCACACCUACUGCCAGAUCCUCGCCAGUGGCCUUUACCCACGAGAGGACACUGGAAACUUUCUUGUUGCGGACACCAGGCGUAUCAUCGGGGAGGCAGCCAAGAAGAGCUGCUUCGUCUGCUCCAACAUGGGGGCCACCAUCACCUGCUGUGAGACGGGCUGUGACCGCACCUUCCACCUGCCCUGUGCCCCAGACGGCCAAUGUGUCACCCAGUACUUUGGGGCCUACAGGUCCUUCUGCUGGGAGCACCGCCCACAGCAGGCACUGCAGCCACGUCCCAGCCAGGACACCACCUGCAGCAUCUGCCUGGACCCCGUGGAAGACAAAAUCUCGUACAAAACCAUGGGGUGCCCCGCGUGCCAAGACGCCCGCUUCCACCGGCACUGCAUCCGGAGACUGGCUCUGCACGCUGGCACUGGCUUCCGAUGCCCGUGCUGCCUGAAGCAAGAGCCAUUCCUAACAGAAAUGCUCAUCAUGGGCAUCCGACUCUCUAAGAGACCCCCAUCGUGGCAGAGUGACCAAGAGGUCGGACCCUCCUCAGAUCAGAGGCACGGCCGCUGCGAUGCCUCAAGGUGCCUUUGUUUGCGAGGCAGGGAGCACGUGGAGGCAAACGGACCCUGGCAACUGUGGCUGUGCAGCUCCUGCGCUGCUGAGGGCACCCACCAACUCUGCUCCUCUUUGGAGAGCACCACCUGCUCCUGGGAGUGCAGCACCUGUGCUGCCGCGGGCACCGCUUCCUCUGGCAAAUCAGAGCUUGUGAGCCCCAAAACUUCCAGUCAGGAACUGGCUGCACUGUCCCAGAGCAUGGUGCUCCUCAAGAGUAGCUCCUCCAUCAGCCCUCGACAGGCCUUGAAGUGGCACUACGCUGAGGAAGAAACACCAUCAUGGACAAUGUACAGCUCUCCUGCAAAACGUCGCAGCGUCGAGGAUGGGCCAGCACACAGUGCUGACACCUGCGAGCCCAGCACUUCCAGCCAGGCUGCAGCACAGCUGGCCCAGGGAGAGUUUCCUGUCAAGACCAGCAGCUCUUCCUCUUGCCCUCGGCAGGCCUUCAAACGGGCCUACCCAGAGGAAGACAAUGACUUUGGGAUAUCACACGGCCCACCCGCAAAACGCCGCAGGAUUGACAAUGGGCUGGCCCAGAGUGCCCAUGAAAGCGGCCCCAGCACUUCCAGACAGGCAGUGUCGGGGCUGUCUCAGGGCACUCUGGCUGCCAACAGCCAAGCAGCACGGCCCCGAUGUCCAUACAGGCCUCCGUGGAUCAUCCACACAUCCACAAUGGACAACCGCUCCCAGCCCGGGCCAGUUCGCAUGAGACACGUCUGGCGGCAACAACGGCGGGCAAAAAAGCCCUACAGCCGGCCACAAUAACAACAGCACAAGCUGUCAGCCAGCCCAAAGCCCCCAUCACCCUUAGCCACCAAAGACAGAAAGAUAGAUAGAUAGAUAGAUAGAUUAGAUAAAUAGAUAGAUAGAUAGGUAAGUAUAUAGGGACGUAGAGAGAUAGAACAAUGAACACACAGAUUCAUAGGUACAUAGAUACAGAGAUAAGAAAUAAAGUUGUUUUACACUAUGAGAACCCA